AUGCCCAACGCCCACCAGACGACCCGACGCCCUCCAGACUACAGCCCUGCUAAACGUCACUCCUGGAUGCUGGCGUUUUGCACGGCUCAAGAAUCCAGCGUGGAUUGAAAGGGGACAUUUCCUUUCCUUUCCUUUUGCAUAACUGAACUUUAUUGAAGGUACCUGGGCCUGGUUUGCUUUACGCCACCCCUGCAGAGGAGGGUGUCUAGUGGGUCUUUUCUUUCAGUGUAAUUACAGCCCAGCCCACUCUCUAGUACUUACCUAAGCCCCUCCCCGUGCAUACAAUGGCUCAAAUGCGACUGUGGGUCCCCGUGCUGGUAUUUCUGCUGCAUUUGACCUUUGAAAUGCCGAUACCACUCACAGUGACCAGACAACUGCUGCAAUCGUGGGGGGCCUACCACACAUAUAAUAAGUGGAUUCAGGUUGCUGAGAUGGUUGCGUUCUCUGCAAAUCAGACCAAUUGUGCCGCCUGCACUCUGGCCCCUGUAGAUGCUCUGGGAGGAAUGUCACUACUCCCUGUGCCUUGGAAUGAAUCCUUGGUUACGACUCCACUUGUUGUCUUCCAGCCUCUGGGCAACCAUUCUUCUUUAUGGAAUCAUUCCGUCCCUUUCCAGGUUCACAGGAUCACUGGCUGCCUUUGUGUCAACAAAGCAAAUGACGCCAGUGACGCUCAGACCUAUGUGGGCACUUCCCACUGCGAUCGUACCUUCCCAGCCCCAACUAACAUGCCUGAGUCCGAGACAGGAACUUUUUCUGGUUCCAAAUUGACUGCAUGCCUGGCCCGCUUGCUGACCAUAUCUGCCCAUG